AUGGCUGCUUCGCGGGACUUCCUGCUCCAGCUCUAUCAACACGUCGCACUGCCGCGCGACGUGCCCGGCACGGAAGACCGCAACCUUUGUGCAGUUGAAGCUGCGCUGCUCGAUCGUAUACUUCAGGCCGCGACCAAUCUCGAAGGCACGUUAGACAAAGACCUCCUCGCUCAAGAGCUGGCAGAUUUGGGUGACAAACGCGCGCUGCUUCUCUAUGUCAAAGAACAGAACGCAGCUAUACUUGUGUACAAGGAUGCCGGUACGAACGGGGAACAUGUGCUCUUCGAAGCCUUCGAGGCUGCAGCGAACUGUGAAGCUGUUGUCGCUUCAGAAAACGCGCUACGACGGGAUUUCCCAGCGUACGCAGCAUCCGUACCUUCGGAAGUCUAUCUCACACGGUCAUUUCAAGAAUCUUUUGCGUCAUUUCUCCAACGUGCCAGCAUUGAGCCGUUGAAGAGAUUUGCCGCAGUCACCUACAAAGCAGGGGCACCUUUACCAGAAAUACGCGGCACAAUGGACCCGUCACUUAUUACUGAGUUCCUCAUGACGGUGCUCGAGGCCAAUGGCAUGAGAUGCGACGUUCCACUGCUCCGAAAACGCAUCCACGAUACCAUAAGUUUCAAGGAUGCGCGCAUACCAUGGCGUCGAUCCCCAUUAUAUCUGGCUAUUCGCGUAGCCAUGCAACGCCACUUGUACAAGAUCAUGGGUCCAAAUCUCGGUCACUUCUACUACAAGCUUAUCAUGGCUCUUUUCCUGUCUCGCCUCCUAGGCGAAUGUUACAGGGUGAUUCCACACGAGGCCGCUUUCAACUUCAUGCAGAAGCUGGGGCGGAGACUCGCCAAGAUCGAGCAUCAUCAGAUGAGUGUGUCGGGACACGACGCGACACUGCGGGCAUCGUUAUUCGAUAAAAUGCAACGCGAUUUCAAAAUGCGCCUGGAGAACACGAGGGGAUUUUUGGUGAACCAAUGGAAUGUAUACCGUGCGAAAACGCGGAGGCCGAUUCGAAUAUUGCCUAAGGUCGCAGAUCCGAAUGAUUCCAAACUGCAAUUACCAUCAAGCGGGCACAGACUGCGUUUGGUCGCUUUUGGCGCUUCGUGGACCUCUCCCCCGCAACUUUUCUCGCCACGUCAACUUCUUGAGCGUUACGAAGCGUUCCGAGGUAACACGAAUUCCUUUGCAGUUGUCGCAGAUCGCUACCUCGAGCUGGCCAGCACGGUGGAGGUCCAAGUCGUACCCAUGCAAGCUGGUUAUAGGGUACCGAUUGAAUGGGAGACCCGUUGCUGUGCUCUAGCUCGUACGAUUGGGCAGUAUGUGUCUAGCACUAAAGACCUUCUUGAAGGCUAUCCCGAAAUGAAGAGCAGGUUUCUUCUUGAUGUGAUGGAGCUCUGGGCCGAACUGGAUCGACAUGCCAUUGUUGGCUUUCCUCUCUUGAAGAUAUACCAUCCUGGGUUUGACCCUGAACUCUUGGACGCCCUGGAGUUUCUACAUGCAGAUGAUAUGCAACGCGUAGAAGAAGUACAGACGUAUAUCAAGCACCGAUGCAAUGGUUGGGCCGGCUCCGGAAGCAAGACAAUUUUCGACCCUCCUGCUGAAGACUCAUUUGCCUCGGUGUACUACAACGAGCUUGGUGAGUACACAGGUUUAGCUCAACUGCGAGAGGAGAUACAAGCUGAUGCGGAAGAGCUACGGACACACAAAGAAGAGGAGUGGGAAACGAAGUUGGAGCAAUAUAAGCAAACCCUUCAAGAGAUUGAAGAAUCUCCCCCAUGCCCUGGCUUUGAAGAGAUCGUCAAGGAUGGCGUGCUGAAGUCGAUCCACAAAAGUGCCUGUCCCAAACACCGUCUCGCAUUCAAAGCGCGCAGUAUCAAAAUCGAAAUUUUCGAGGAUCCUCUGCCAAAGGACGAAGCCACCGCGAAGGCUGCUGUCUUCGAAUUGCGAUGCCCGCUGCCAUUCGCUGCUUAUCGAGACGCAACUUGGCUCCUACUCUCGAUUCUCGCACAUGUUCCAGUCCAGGCUCUUGAAGAUGUGCCGACGUUGCGUGGCUAUAAUGGACUCUCCCAUUAUGCCAAUUCUGUCCUUCCUCAAGUGACCUUAGGAUCCAGCACCAAAUCACAUCUCGACUGUCACUACGCGGAGACAGGAUUCCCGGUUGAACUGCAUCAAAUCUGGAGGCCUUGUGGACUUACCCUCAGGUAUUAUGACACUGGAAGCCAAUCAUGGACUCAACGGGACGACAAGAUGUCUUUUUCAAGACACAUUCCCCUUAUGCUUCCCAGCAGCUCACCAUACAAUUGCGUUGGUGUCAACACGUAUCGUUGGCCUUCUUCAAACGAUAUACUUGCUAGCCAAACAAAGUGCCCGGCCGACCUGAACGUCCAUGAAUUCAUGGCGUGGCAGGAGCUACUCAGUGGGACGAAUCGACGAUGGCUUUCUUUGUUGCGAGAGUUAGGUGCCACCAAUCUAAACUUUUCAACCGAGUCAACUUGGGCCAUCGUUACAAAACUCGUCCUUCAAGUAGGACCUUCAUUCCUCGGACAUCCUCUGCGAGACAUCCAUAUGAUAUUUGAUGAUGAUACGUUUUGCAACAAGCUUCUAGAGCAAGUGAGCAACCGCUUGGAUGCCGUACGACGCAACUGGAGGGAGCCGGUGCAGAUGGAUCUGCUUAUAACUCUGCUUCUCAAGGUCAUAUCGCUUUCUUCUUGUAGGGACGUUCAAAGGAAGGCUCUAGAGCUUCUAGAACAAGUCCGCAUUGCUACUUGGAAGUGGUGCCUUGCCUUGCAUUCCCCGCCUCCGAAUGUCGGACAAGAUUCCACAAUCUUCGCACUCUGGGCUUCGGUACUAUGUAAGCGGGCCGUGCAGCGCCCAGUAUCUGCCGAUUUCAAUCUAGAUACUAAAGCUCUGGAGUACCUUAUCGGUGCUUCUAUUAUUCUCCAGGAAAGUCUUGUUGGUCCAUUUGACGACUUGCCUUACGCCUUGCGGAAGUUACUAUUGGAUGAUCUUCUUUACUCGUUUCAACACCGUAUCGAGUUGGCUAGCCUGGUAAAGUCGAAUGUUGAAGCCUUACUUUCGGCUAUUAACUACAUCUGGCCAUUGCCGUCAGGGGCUUCUGCCGAUCUUCCCACUAUCCGAAUUGUACCGCAAUCCUGGUGGGUGGAGAUCUCCAUUCAAGCGCGUCAAGAACGAACUACACACUUGGUUCACUAUCACCUGUUUCGAGGAGACUUCCUCAUCGAUGGAAAACAAUCUGGCAUACUCCCAGCGGUAUAUCAUAAGCCGGUGAUCCAUACACUCUUUGGGACAUACGCACUACGUGUUCUGCCUUCAUAUAUGCCCGGAAUGUCGUAUUACGUCGCCCAUUCGAUGCCGUUCAAUCAUAAGAUUCAUCUUGGUUUUCGUCAGGGUGAGCUUGUUGUUCGCGCAUUCCAAGGUCCUGCCACACUGGAACUCAUAGAUGCGUCUAUCUUCACGAGCGUCACUGGAAGCAACACUCAGCAUGAUCUACCUUUACCUCUGAUAACCGGUUGUUUCCAUUGGCUUAACAUUGAUAGCAAGAUCUUGGAAAUUCGGCAAGGAGACAAAUGGAGGUCUAAAAAGAGCAAUUGGAGACUCAACCUCAACACCUCCGAAGUCACUAGGAAAAGCUCAAGCCUAGUUGAUCCCUUCAGUACAGUUGCUUUGAAUGUUGCCCACAACUUUCUCCUAUUUGAGACUGCCGAGCACAUUCUAGUGACACAACCUCAGAAGGGGCGACUCUGUGUCGAGUUGAGACGCCUGGAACUGAACUUUGUUGUCAAUCACUCCAACCUCUUGCAAUGUCGCGAGCUGGGAGCAGAGGUUGUGUAUACCGAUCUUCAGGACAUCGGCGCAUGGUAUGGAUGUUUCAGCAAGAUUGUGCUGCGCUCUAUAAAGAACGAACGCCAUCGGCUGAUACUUGUUCCAGAAGGUCGGCUUCAAUUCGGCAAACAUGGAGGACAUGUUCGCAUACGUGUCAUUCCCGAAGGUUCGUAUCUGAGGUUCGACGUUGACGAUGUGCUCGGGCGGAUUCAAUGCCCUGCGGAACAUCGGCUGCUUUAUACGAAAGCAAUGUGGCACGCUUAUACAUCUCACGUAUUUUCAGAUCCUUUGACUGGUCGCACUGGGUUAGAAGAAGCCUUGUGUCUGCUCCAAUCCGGCCUAUACAAGCCAUGGGCACCCAUACGUGACCCAAUGGUACCUUCAAUCCUCGCGAACAUUGCGAAUUUAUCCCCUGUUCGGGCGUACUAUCCAGAAGAUUUGAGAUGUAUGGAGGUCGUGACCUGGAAUCAGCACCUUACUACCACCAUCCAGGAUGACCGGUAUCGCGCGCUUAUAGAAGAUAUAUACAGAAGAGCUUCUCAGCUUCAAUUGUUUACGAUCGACCCUUUGGGAUGCAUCUCCCACAAAGCGUCGACAAGUGAUCCGCACUUGGUAUCCCGCUCGGUUUCGAGACUCAGUGAUCGUUCACCACCAUCCGAUACAUUUUACGCAGCGAGAGGAUCUCCCACUGGCAGCGUCGCACGAGACAGCAUAGCGCUUAUCACAAAGUACUUGAGUGAAUGGUCCAUCUCAAAUCGGAGCACCGGACAGCUGGCGCAGAUUUUACAGAAAUACUCCAUCAUCGGAGGUCUGAGUGGGCCUUUCGAUCGAAUUGCGCUGUGCGAUCUUAUCUCCGUGGACGUGGUUGAAAAUUGGUGUGCUCUUGUGCAAACAGCCAUGGAAGCGGGCCCUGAUGAUCGAUAUCGUUUAAUGUUUCUUUUGGCACCGAUGGCAUUGUCUCCGCGCGCACCCGUCGAGCUGCUUCAAGUUUUGGUUGCUUAUGCCACCCUCCCAGCUCUUAAAGACAUCGAAAUGCCAGUAUGGCCUUCGUAUGUUCGUUUCAAGCUCGACGAGAUCCCUGCUACGAAGGAUCUUGCCGAGUCGAUGAAGGAAGCGCACCAGCCUCAUGAAGCAGUGCCAAAGAAACAAGGAGAUCUACCUGGGCAGAUGGCUUUGGCACGAAUCCAUCAUGAAGAGGCUUGUCAGCACAAUUGCUUGCAACUUGCGCAGUCGAUCCUUCUCCAGUGGCCACAAGUUGACAUCGAUGUGGAGAAAGUAAUAACCAUUGAUGCCAAAUUUCUCAACAAUAAAGCUGCCCUGGACCUCGCAUUAGUUGACUGGAGACGAUUGGCUCAGAACUUUCAACUUUCACAAUAUAUCGAACGUGUUCAACAAGUGCUCGAUGAGCAAUCGGCUUCGAUUGAUUCGUUAACGAACAGUGACAUUCUGGAAAAUGGGUUUGCCCUCCCCGAGCCUCAUAGAUACUUCUAUCACCGGAGCAGGGCUGUUCCAACACUUCAAGAAUUGUUGUUGAGUGGGAACUUGACUCGAUCUGCUUCCAAAGGGACGUCCAUUGAUUCGAAAGUGAGCACCAUUGCGACGGCUGGUGGUCCAUGGAAACAGCUGCCAAACGGUCAUGUGGCAAUGCUGCACAAUAAGGGGGCGCAUGAAGGAGGCCAAUACGCUCGCACGCCGUCCACCCAGCAGCCCCAUUUAAAAGAGUUGCGGGGUAUUGUUGAGGUUAUCCAGCGCGGAACGUCCGGUCAGCCUGCUUCGGCCGUCCAGCGCGAGUAUGGACGUGAACUCAUGGACAGUAUUGAAGCCUUAGGGAAGCGCACCUCUAAUUUUCUCCCUAAUUUGUCUCCGUCCAAUAGCGUUCUAUUGAAACAGCAGAUUCAUGAGAAGAAGCAGUCUUGUGAUGAAGCUCUUCGCGCUUUAGGGCAAGCGCUUGAAGUACAUGAUAGGCGUGCGACGUGGCUAAAAGCAUCUUGCCUAUGGCCGAAGAUGACUAAGAUAGCACUUCUCUCAGAGCUCCGUUCGACAUCUGAAUCCGCGUUUGGUCCAGGAAUUAAAGAAGCCGUUAUUGACUUGGGCCUCCGAAUAACGCAUUGGCAGCGUUUGCUCAGGGUGGAGGAUGCAUCUCUCAGGCACAAAAAGCAGCAACUGCAAGAAGAACUCUCCAACGAAGGGCAUGUCAACUGGAAUCCCCUAACUCGCUCAGACUGGCUUUUGUUAGAGAUUGACGGUAACAUCAUGCUUCGUAUGGAGCAAGUCGAGGUAGCCAAUGCCACAAUCGCGCCGGCAACGGGUUGUAACUCGGUAACUCAGCUCCUCAUGGGGAAGGGCAAGACAUCAUGUAUCCUGCCUAUGGUCGCAGCUAUCCUUGCCGACAGGCAAAAUUUGCUGCGAAUCGUGGUACCACGAGCUCUACUUCUGCAAUCUGCUCAGGUCAUGCAUAUCAAGCUCGGAGGUCUGCUCAACCGCGAAAUCAUGCAUCUCCCAUUCUCCCGAAGGACCAAAGCAGACAAUGCUCUCCUGGAGACACUUGGUCAAUUACAUUCCACCCUCAAGAAGUCCGGUGGUGUCUUGCUCUCUUUACCUGAGAGUAUCCUCUCUUUCAAGUUGGGAGGUCUGCAGCGACUCUGCGAUGAUAAACUGGAGCAGGCCAACAUUAUGAUCAAGAUGCAGCAGUGGCUGGAUCGCAAUGCUCGAGACGUGCUCGAUGAAUGCGAUGUCUCGUUAGCAAUACGAACUCAACUGAUCUACCCAUCUGGAUUUCAAAUGGCAGUAGAUGGCCACCCUCUAAGAUGGCAAACAGUUCAAGCUGUACUGCGACUUGUGCUAUUAUUCAUUCCCGAAUUGAAUAAUCGCUAUCCGCACAGCAUCGAAGUCGUGACCAGGCCAUCCGGAGGCUUCCCGCUAAUAUAUCUCCUGCGACGCGACGUCGAGGACCACCUCAUCUCCCUUAUCGUCGAAGCCAUCUGUAAGGGUCAGAUCGCUGCAUUGCCAUGUGCAGAGAUCUUAUCAUCUGCUCAAGACGACAUACGAGUCUUCAUCUCCAGCUCGAUGGUCGCUUCCCACGUAGUGUCCAAGGUCAACGGCCUGUUUAAAGAAAAGCAACAUCUAAUGAAGAUACUCUGUCUUCUGCGUGGGCUGUUCGUUCACCGGAUCCUACUCUCAGCACUGAAGAAACGCUGGAAUGUUCAGUAUGGUCUUCACCCUACGCGUGACCCUAUCGCGGUGCCAUACCAUGCGAAAGGCGUACCUUCACCAACCUCUGAAUGGGGUCAUCCCGAUGUUGCUAUCAUCCUGACAUGCCUUUCAUUCUAUUACCAAGGUCUGAGCGUAGCGCAAUUCAAGCAGGCUUUCGAGCAGUUGCUGAAAUCGGAUGAGCCUAGCGUCGAAUAUGAGAAAUGGGCAACCCGGGAUCUGCCAGGGUGUUUACGCGACUACACUGCCAUUAAUGUUGACGACAACAUGCAGUUGCGCAGUUUACAUCAAUAUGUUCGUUCUAAUAUAUAUCUGCUGGACUUCUAUCUCAACAACUUUGUUUUCCCAAGGCAUGCUAAACAGUUUGACACCAAACUCCAAGCUUCUGGGUGGGAUCUCGUACUGUUCGACCCGAGUUCGCCGCCGAAUUGUAGGACCACUGGGUUUUCUGGUACGAAUGACUCACGACACCAGCUGCCCAUGAUGAUCAAACAGAAUGAUCUACCUAAUCUCGCUCACACUAAUGCGGAAGUUCUAUCAUAUCUACUAGAAAAGCGAAAUCGGGGAUAUGUCCACAUGAUGGACGAGUUGGGCAGACGAUGGAGCGAGGAGAGUCUCUUAUCCGAGCUUCACAAGCCGAACAAGUUGUUCUCAAAGGAACCGAUCAGGAUUCUAAUCGAUGCAGGUGCUCAGAUUCUAGAGCACGACAACCUCAACUUGGCCAGGACUUGGCUCAACAUUGACUGGGAAGCUACUGCAGCGGUCUAUUUCGAUGAUGAACACCGCCCAUGGGUCCUUUACCGCAAAGGGAAGCGCAUCCCAUUGCUCGCAACCCCAUUUGCAGAGAACUUGGAAGGUUGUUUGGUAUACUUGGAUGAGAGUCAUUGCCGUGGGACGGAUCUCAAGCUUCCCCCCAAUGCAAGGGCCGCCCUGACAUUGGGACCCCAUGUCUCGAAAGAUGCUGUUGCUCAAGCCGCGAUGCGUCUACGUCUGCUUGGUCAAACCCAAGCUGUUACUUUCUUCGCGCCACCUGAGGUUCAUCAGAGUAUUGUUGAUCUCAUGAAAAAAAGCGCCUACGACCAUGUGUACUCCUCUGAUGUCGUUGCUUGGCUUUUAAAGCAGUCUUGUAAUGGUAUUGAGCAACUGGAACCCCUAUACUACAACCAAGGCAAUACGUACAUAAAACAUGAGUACGCGAAGAUCAGGAAUUCAGGGUUUCUGAAAAAUAUAUAUCAGCGUUCGGAAUACUUAUCCGUCAUCCGUACAAAAGAGUCACAGACCCUCAAGCAGAUGUAUGAACCAAAAUCCAGGAAUCGCGGAUUCUCAGGUGACACUCGAAUGCGGUCAUACAGGGGAGUACUUGGAUUGUUCGCUACAGAGCUUGAUCAGCGCAAAAAGGAUUUCCAGGAUAGUGGAAUCGCCAUUCACUCAUCAGCACUUGAGGAGGUCGAGCAGGAAAGAGAGAUUGAGAACGAGGUGGAAAAUAAUCGAGAGCCGGAGAAGCCUUUCCACUUCACUGCACUCAACACUGCUCGUCUACACGAAGAUAUCAAGGAGUUCGCCAAAUCUGGAAGAGUCGUCGCAGGCAGCGAAGCCUACCAGCCAAUGUUGUCUGCGUUGCAGUGUACCGCGUCUGGCAGGCGACACGGUGCCUUUGCGCAGAACAAAUCCCCAGGUCUGUAUGUCUCUAAGCAGUUCAGCCGGACGGUAAAGGUGACCGAGCCGAAUGACAACUUUAUUCGACCCUGCCAAUGGAUUCUUUGGAGCAUUACAUCAAACAAGGCAUUAGUCAUCAGCCCUGAAGAAGCCGACGCGCUCCUUCCAUAUCUUCGUCAACAUCGACCAGCCGCAGGCGCAAGCAGAAUUCACCUCAUCGUGUACUCAGCGCCUAUAACUCGACGAAUGCUCCACUUUAAUGACCUAAGUUAUCACGCUACUCCUCCGCUAAUCCCGGGUACGAAGGUUCCAUCAUGGCUGAAGAUUGAGCUUGGCAUAUUUGCGGGUCGCCUCUACUUUGAAUGGCACGAAUACGAGGGGCUCCUUUCUUACCUUGGUGUGCAGACGAUGGUGGGAGGGGGCGAAUACUUAGGCAAUUCCUCGCGAGACACCUUCGUGCAGAAACCACUAACGUUCGUCCACGAUUGGCUUGCAGCGCUUCGCAAAGGUCAGGACUUUGAGCAUACUCCCAUGGGCUUCAUCACCACUGGCAAACCCUUGUCAGCUGAUCAUCCGUUCUUCCUAACUGACGCGGCGGAGGAGCUUGGUGCAGAAGCGAAUGCUCCAGUACCUCCAGGCGGAGCUAUGCACCAAGACGAAGCGAGCCUGAAUGAAAUGGAAGAUGACGACGAGGAUGACGAAGAUGACUUCCACGACGGAGAAGAUCACGGUGGUGACACUGGCGAAGACAACCGUGCUCGAUUCGAAGAAGGCGACAAUACCUUCUUCGAUGCUGUAGAGCAAUUCGAGGUUGAUGAGGAAGAGGGAAGGGAGGGAGAUAGUAGUGGUGUGAACACGGAAUAG